AUGUUUUUACUUUGCAGUGUCUGGAAGGCCUUUACUGUCUGGAAAGCUAAUGUCCGUAGUUCAAAGAAUGAAAAGUGCAAGGCAAUAAUAUCUAAACAGUUGUUUUUUGUGGACGAGCUGUUUCGUGGAUGUUUGCUGUAUAUUCAAUCACUGUGUGAAGAUGCAUUCAGCACUAAAGGAGGCAAUGAAUUGAUAGGUACAGCUAUUCAUUUGGUUAAGACUGAUAGAUGUCACACCUGUUCUUUAGAGGAGUUCUGCUCCUUGCAGGCUGAACAGUGCAACUAUGCACACAAGCAACUACAAGCUUUUCGUAGCAAAGUUAUUGAAAUGAUCAAGCUAACCUGUCUUAAGGUGGCAGAAAUGGAUGGAGCUCAGGAUUGUUUCCUUUCUGUACUCUUCGAUUCAAAAGACAAAUCAAAAUAUGCUGUGAUGCCAUAUUGGCGUAAUUUAGUCUCUCGAUUUGUCAGAUUCUUAAAAUUGGUAGAUAACAUUUUCCAAGAGAUGCUUUGCUGUUUACUGAGCUCUGAAGUACAACGUCUCCUAGAAUUCUUCAGUGUGUCAGCAGCUUUCUCUGAAGAAGUGAAGAAGGAAUUAAGGUCUUACUUUUAAUUUGGCAUUUUAGUAGUGUAUGAACAUAUUUAAGAAAUUAUAUGACUGCUUCUUAACAGUUGUAAAAGCUUAAUGGUUUAAAAAUAAAUAUUCAGAAUAAUGACAAGGACCAGUGAAUGAUAUCUAUAUAAAAAUCUGAGUUUGCUUUUUAUGUCUCCUUAAAGUUUAAAUUCCUUUUACACGUUCCCAUUUCUUCUCACAUUGUUUUGUCUCAGGCCUCUUGCUAUAUUUUCUGCUGUGUUCUAACUGUGCACGAAAUUGAUACUCAGUUUAGCACAUACAGUGCUCACUGAUAAACAUGUCAGUAACUCCACUGCAUGUUGUAAAAUAAAACCUUUGCCUUCCAGAAUUCAUCUGCUGUCAG